AUCAGUUAAAUAUUAUCUCUCUUGCUUUUGCUUUUACCCUGUCGUGUCGAUUCGAAUAUAGCACUCACUCUCCCUCUCUAUUCGCCCCUUCAAUUCAACUCCACGGCGCAGAUCCGAGGAGUUUCACUUUGCAAUCGUUAUCUUCCUUUGUUUCUCUUUUUCCUUAUUUUACUACCAAUCCUUCAACGUUGUACCAGUGAUGGCAGGUUUGGCUGCGGAAGGAACUCAGUUUGAUGCUCGUCAAUAUGAUGCUAAGAUGAAUGAACUGCUUUCCACUGAUGGGCAAGAAUUCUUCACCUCAUAUGACGAAGUCUAUGAUAGCUUUGAUGCAAUGGGAUUACAAGAAAAUCUUUUGCGAGGCAUAUAUGCUUAUGGUUUUGAGAGGCCUUCUGCAAUCCAGCAAAGGGGAAUUGUUCCUUUCUGCAAAGGUCUGGAUGUGAUUCAACAGGCUCAGUCUGGAACUGGGAAGACAGCAACAUUCUGUUCUGGAAUUUUGCAGCAGCUUGAUUAUGGAUUGGUUCAGUGUCAGGCUUUGGUUUUGGCACCAACAAGGGAGCUAGCACAGCAGAUUGAGAAGGUUAUGCGAGCUCUUGGUGAUUACCUUGGUGUUAAGGUUCAUGCUUGUGUCGGUGGGACAAGUGUUCGUGAGGAUCAGCGCAUUCUCCAAGCUGGUGUCCAUACUGUUGUUGGCACUCCGGGGCGUGUGUUUGACAUGCUGCGUAGGCAGUCUCUUCGCCCAGAUCACAUAAGGAUGUUUGUUUUGGAUGAGGCUGAUGAAAUGCUUUCACGUGGUUUCAAGGAUCAGAUCUAUGACAUCUUCCAGCUACUGCCAGGCAAAAUUCAGGUUGGGGUGUUCUCUGCUACAAUGCCACCAGAAGCUCUUGAGAUUACAAGGAAGUUCAUGAAUAAGCCAGUGAGAAUCCUGGUAAAGCGUGAUGAACUGACCCUCGAGGGUAUCAAGCAAUUUUAUGUCAAUGUUGAUAAGGAAGAGUGGAAGCUAGAGACAUUAUGCGACCUUUAUGAGACUCUUGCUAUCACCCAGAGUGUCAUCUUUGUGAAUACCAGGCGCAAGGUGGACUGGCUCACUGACAAGAUGAGAAGCAAUGAUCACACAGUCUCUGCCACCCAUGGUGACAUGGACCAAAACACUCGUGAUAUCAUCAUGCGUGAGUUCAGGUCUGGCUCUUCACGAGUUCUCAUUACCACUGAUCUUUUGGCUCGUGGUAUAGAUGUACAGCAAGUAUCUCUGGUCAUAAACUAUGACCUUCCAACCCAACCUGAAAACUAUCUCCAUCGUAUAGGCCGUAGUGGCCGUUUUGGAAGAAAAGGUGUUGCUAUAAACUUUGUGACAUUGGAUGAUGCUAGAAUGCUGUCUGAUAUUCAGAAGUUCUACAAUGUGAGUGUAGAGGAGCUUCCAUCAAAUGUUGCUGAUUUGCUCUGAUGAGUUAAUUUUGUGUUCUCUGUUAAGUCAUCAGGCCUUUUUGUUUUUGACAAGUACUAUCUUAUGCUCUCUCUUUUUUCUUUUUUCUUUUUUUGUUUUUACCCAUUAGAGAUCAAAAGACGUCUGAUAUGAUGCUUUUUGUAAUGGAUUCUAUAAAUUUUGUUUAAUUAAUUAAUUAGCAGGUUGCUGUUCAAGCCUGCUUUU